AUGCGUUUCUGCAGUCUUCCAGCCGCUAUCCUGGCUUUGGCCAGCUUGGUGGAGUCCGCUGCGUUGCAGCCCCGUGAUCUUCUUCAAGACCUUCAAGAUCAAGCAUUGGCGGUACUCAAAGAGGCGGAGACAAAUGGUACGCUUGAGAGGAGAGCUAACUGCAACAUCUUUAAUGCGCCUGUCAGGCGAAACUGGGACUUCAUGUCCGCAAAGGAGCGCAAAGCGUAUAGCAGCGCUGUUAAGUGUAUGUACACUUCGCCCUCCAAGUCUGACCCGGAAUUGGUUCCUGGAGCUCGAACCCGAUACGACGACUUCGUUGGACAGCACAUCAACCAAACCAGAUCCAUCCACGGUACCGGUAACUUCUUGAGCUGGCAUAGGUACUUUGUGCAUACCUUCGAGAAGGCGUUGAGGGAAGAGUGCGGCUACACUGGCUACCAGCCGUACUGGAAUUGGUUCAGUUACCAGGACGACCUGAGUAAAUCUCCAGUCUUCGAUGGUUCUGCUACAAGCAUGGGUGGUGAUGGCCAUUACGUCAAGCACAAUGGGAGCGUUGGUGGUGGUGGCAGAAUUUUUAUCCCAUCUGGCAACGGUGGUGGCUGUAUCAAAAGUGGUCCGUUCAAGGAUGUACAAAUCAAUCUUGGACCCGUAAGCCCAACAAUGGACGGAGACAACGCGUCAGCGUCAGCACUCGCCUACAACCCACACUGCGGAAAGAAGAUCUUAGCAGUUUCGCAUCCAAGACCUGGUCUUCACGCUUCCGGCCACUUUGCUAUGGGUGGCGACAGUGGUGACUUCUACAGUAGUCCCAACGAACCCGUUUUCUUCAUGCAUCACGCGAUGCUUGACAGAGUGUGGUGGAUUUGGCAGGCGCUGCACCUCAAUCAGGCCAAGUCUGUUAUGGGAUCACGUCUCUUGUCCGACCCUAAUGGCCCGAGAACUACGCUGGAGGACAUUAUCGAGACGAAUUGGUUGAACACUCCCAAUGUCAAGAUUGGCGACGUUAUGAGCACGCUAAGUGGAGAGCCUCUGUGCUACAUUUAUUUGUAG